AUGGAUGAAGCACGCUUAUUCCUUGAUCUAAGUCAAUUAAUUUAUCAUCGUCUCCGAUCAGAAAAGCAUGCUGUAAUUUACUCGUUCAAUGAUUCUUUUGUAUUUAUGAAGGAAGUGGGUCAAAAAAACUUCUAUCUCCAGUUUAGGAAAGCUCUUUAUAAAACUGCGACAACUCUAUUAAGACCACCAAGACAGAUUCUCAUCACCAAUCCAAAGCUUUUGUCGAAAAAUUAUUUCCAUUCAACUCAAAACAAUCAGAAUGAUGUACAAAAGCAGCCUAAAAUUUUAAUUUCAAAAACUUCAAGUAUUAACAACUUAAAAUGUGAAUUGAAAGCUAUCGAUAAAUGA